AUUCUGGUGGGUCUCGGUCUCGUCUCCAUCAAAGACGUUUUCUUUCUUCGGAAGUCUACCAACAAAACGCCUGGAUAAUGACGAGAACCUUCCUCAUAAUGGCGCUGGUCGCCCUGGCGAUGGCUGGUGACGUACUUCCCAGAAAAGAUCUGCCCCCUUACAAGCCGCCACCUUUCCCAUCUUUCGACAAGUACAGCCCGACCUACCCGAAACUUGGCUUCCCAGACUACAGCACAGGUCAGAAUCCCUUCAGAAGCUACGACUACGCUCCCAAAAAGGCGGUCGUACCAGUGAAAAAGGCUUACGACUACGACUACGCCCCGGCGGGGUACGGUAAGGCCUACGCAGAUCCUUACAACUACAAGCAAGUGGUGCCCGCCGCUGUUCCCGUGAAGAAAGUCUACGCUCCUGACUAUGACUACAGGCCUGCCUACCCCGCCGUCGGAGACUACUACGGGCCAGGAUACGGGAAAGAGUUAGGCUACAAGGCAGCAGUCGUCCCUGUGAAGAAGGCCUACGACUAUGACUACAAACCAGUGUACCCAGUCAAGAAACCCGUCUACGAUGACAAGUUCGGCCCCGGCUUCGCUCCCGUCUCUGGUUUGGGAGCUUUCGGCGCUAAGGGUGUCUUCGCUGGAAAAGGACUCGGGCCUGCCGUCAAGAAGCCUUUUGAUUACGCCCCGGUAUCCGGACUGGGAGCUUUCGGUACCAAGGGAGUCUUCGGCGGGAAAGGGCUCGUGCCAGUCAAGAAAGCUUUCGACUACGCCCCUGACUACGUCAAGCCUAUUGCCCCAGUACAGAAAGGAUUCGGGUUUGCCCCCAAUUACGUGAAGCCAGUCGUUCCAGUAAAGAAAGGAUUCGGGUUCGCCCCCGAUUACGUGAAGCCCGUUGUACCAGUAAAGAAGGGAUUCGGGUUUGCUCCUGAUUAUGUGAAGCCGGUAGUGCCGGUAAGAAAAGGAUUCGAUUACGCUCCCGACUACGUCCGCCCCGCGGCGUACCCAGUGAAGAAGGUCGUCCCAGCCUACAGUGAUUACGACUACCGUCCCAGCUACUACGACAGCUACAGAGGAGACGAUUACAAGCCAGCUCUCCUCGCCAAGGACGUGUACCCGGGCAAGAAAGCGCUAGUUCCCGUGAGGGCGGUGUACCGCGACCCAUACCCUGUCCAAAAGGUAGGCGCCUACCCCGAUUACGUUCCCGCCAAGAGAGUCGGUGCCUACCCCGAUUACGUUCCCGCCAAGAGAGUCGGUGCCUACCCCGGCUACGUCCCUGCCGCAAAGGUCACCGUCGUCAAGCCAGCAGUGGUGAAGACACCAGCUAGAGUGUUCCCGACCUACGAAGACUUCGGCAAAGAUUUCGGCAAAGGGCUCAACAAAGAUGGCGCUUUCGGCACUGCCUUCUCCAAAGACUUCCUUCCCAAAUUCAAAUUCUGAUCUCGAACAGUCUCUUUAAUAAAAAACGGUUUUUUAUUUUAGUUGGGUCGUCGUUUUUUUUCUUUUGUAUCAAUAAAAAGCUGUAUGCCUUACGGA